UUUUGUGGGAUUACUAGAAUACAAGACGUAAACAAAGCAUAUCAAUGAAUCCAAAAAAAAAGUAACUGUGGAAAUCGAAAAGAAAAUAUUUUAUCAUUUCGAUGCAUCAUAAUUUUCACAUCCUCGUCCUUAAACAUAAUAUCUUCAAGUGGUUCAUUGAAAUGAAAAUCGUUACAAGGGAAAGGAUAUCGAAGUAUGUUACGUACUGGCAUCAUUUUGAAAAAAUGUUGGUUAGUACUCGUGCUAUUUGAAUUUGGAAAUUACGCGAUCAAGGAACCUACUCCAGAGUUGUUUAUCAUUGAAAAAACAGAUUGCACCGAGAUAACGUUAGAAUACAAAAAAGGCACGAAAUCAAAAAAAUGCAUGAAUUGUAGCUCGACACCGAACUUCGGAAAGAAACGAAUGCGAGUACUUUCGUUGCCAGUUGGGUUAGAAACAAAACUUGAAUGUCUGUAUAUGAAAAAUUUAAACUUUGGCGAAAAAAAUGAUAAAACAAUGUUCAAAGAUUACCCACAUCUGACGCAUUUACACAUGAUAAGAAACUCUUUAAGUGAUGAAACAGAGAUUGAUAUUUUCGAAAUGCUAACUAAUUUAGAAAGAUUGGAUCUUUUCGAUACGAGCAUAAAACCGAACAGGGAAUACAACGUACCCAAAUCCGUACGAUUCUUGGACUACACCAACCUCAAUAUAACUACACUCAAUUUGGAGCACUUACAUAUGUUAGAAGAACUGGUUGUAAGUAAAACCAGAUUGCGAAAUUUUCCUAAACUGCAUGAUUUAGCACCGAUCCAGCUGGUGGAACUCAAGCGCAUGAAUAUGAUAAACUUCACUUUGGACGAAUUCGCAAAGUACUGUAAUAUUGAAGAAAUAAACAUGGAUAACACGACGCUGGGAAACGAUGGUUGUACAUGCCAUCAGUUAAUAGAAUGGGUAAAAAAGUAUGGCAUUAAAAUGGAAUAUCCACCAAAUUGCCAACCUGAUAAUAAAUGUUCGUUGGAAUUUUCCCAAGCGAGUCUUAAAAAUCGGGAAGUAUGUUUGGCAAAAAAUUCACACAAGACGCUCUAUCUUAUUAUCGCUGGUGCAGUUUUGCUUCUCCUCUUGAUCGUACUUGCAAUAAUUGGUUUGGCUACUUAUUUACUGUACCCGAAACUGAUGAAGCGAGAAAUAGAAGAAGGAAUAGAAGUCAAGGAGCCAGUUAAAGAAGAAACCGUAGAGGAAGAAGCCGCACCAGACGACGAAAUUGUAAAUAAAUGAAAAUUUUCAAAUGAAUGUUGUUACGAUGUUAUUGUUAUUUGAAUAAAAUUUCGUUGAAUAUUUA